AUGCGGGUGCCAAAUUAUGUGCUCGCCAGUUUGAUCUGCCUCCCGGCAGCUUUCGCCGAUCUUCUAGGGCCAUCGUAUCCUCCCCCCAGAGACUUGUCUAGCAGUCACAGUCGGGUCGCCGCCAGUUGGAAGAAUCUGACUGCCCAACUUAACAUCGUUCUCACCGAUAGCCAUGUCAACAAAACCAGUGGAGUCUUUGCACUGAAAAACCUCACAUUCUCUGCUGGGUUAUUUUCCACACUUGACCCGAAAGCCAAAGAUCUUCAAUUUCACCACACGGCGAACGAAGUCGCAAACUCUAAGGUUGGAGUGAGGAAGGUGGAUGGAAACAGCAUCUACAAGGUCGCUAGUGUAUCGAAACUCUUUACAGUUCUUGCCGGACUCAUAGAGCUGAAGCCCCAUGACUGGGACCUUCCACUCACCGACAUCUUCCCAUUCUUGGCCGACCGUGUUCACAAGCAACACGAUAAGCUCCGGCUUGCGUAUGAUGUCCAAUGGAACAAAGUCACCCUCAAAUCCCUUGCGGGCCAGAUGAGCGGCAUACCCCACGGUGCUACAGAAGAAUUCCUACAAACCUUCCUUCUAUACAAAUACCUCGAACGCUCUGACAAUCCCGCGUUGACCGAUCCAAACUUCUACGGUCUUCCACCUCUGAACGAGAGUGACUUGACGCUAUGGCCAUCAUGCUUGGGUGAACAGACCCAGGGGUGUGACGCAGUCUCCUGGGAUGUGGCAUACGCCCCACGACCUCCUGUUUACCUUCCCUGGACAAGCCCCGAGUAUGCAAACGGCGGUUACAUCUUUCUUGGUCUGGCGAUUUCAAAUCUCACAGGAAAGACCAUGGAUCAAUGGUAUAAUGAUUCCAUCUUCGAACCUCUUGGAUUGAAGUCCACUUACUCAUCACCGCCUGAUAACUCCACACGCCCCCAUUCCGUCACAUCGGAGGGUCUUGAUGAGCAGUUCGUCCCCGAUGGAGGCACUACAAACCCCUCUGGUGGGUUGUUCUCUACAACCAACGAUCUCUCCAAGCUAGGCGUCGCCCUCCUAAAUUCCACCCUCCUCCCUUCUGAAAAGACCCGGGAAUGGAUGAAGCCUGUCACUCACACCUCAAGUCUCCGCUACUCCGUCGGCUCACCAUGGGAGAUUCAUCGAUUCGUCCACGCAGGCUCAGGUAUAGUCACCGAUCUCUACACAAAACUCGGAGACUCGGGAUUUUACGGCGGCAUCGUGGUCGUGAUACCGGACUUCAACGCCGGCUUCACUCUUCUCUCAGCCAGCACGCAGCCUAGCCGCAGCAGCGAGGCGCUCUUGGCAAUCGACCUUAUCGUUGAUGCCAUCCUCCCAGCGCUUAUGGAGCAGGCCGCAGCAGAGGCGGCGCAGAAAUAUGCCGGCACGUACAAAGCCGACGACCUGAAUUCGUCAUUGACACUCACUGUUGUUCCACCUAUCCAUCCUGCGCCUGGCUUGAAUAUCACAUCAUGGAUUAGCAAUGGUACAGACAUCACGGAUUUAGUCUCUACACUCCUUGGUGGUGUCGGGUCACGACUUGUGCCCUCUAUUGUCUCUGAGAAGGCCACUGGGGAACUCGCUUUCCGGGCAUACACUGCUACGCAGAGUCGGGGAUCCGGAGUGGGUUCCUCGUCCAGUCUUUUCUCUUCUUUCUACGAUCUCAACGACUGGACUAUGCUGGACCAGUUAACAUGGGGCGGUAUUGCUACCUCGCUCUUCGUUUUCGGUGUCGAGGAAAACGGAACUGUCAAUUCAGUGACACCAGGUGCCUACAGAGUGAAGAUGGCGAGGAAAUAA